AUGAUGGACGAGAUUCCAGACACGGAUUCUACUUCAAUACUGUCGGGCGAGAGCCGAGUAUCACAACAAUUGAGCAGAUGCAAGCAAAUAUUGGCAACCUUGCAGGACGAGAUCGACCACGAAGACAACGAAGAUUACUGGGUCGAAAAGUUGGGACUUAACAGGGAUCGCGGCGAUGGAGUUGAGAGCGAAUCGCGAGAGGAACCUGAUGCGAGAAGGGAAGGUGGCGAGGGCAAACUCUCUCCCUCUCCCUUAGAAAGGAUGCUGGAAGGGGGUCAACGUGACAAUGCUGAUCCUGCGGUUGUUGAAUCAAACAUUGAAGAACACGUUUUGGAACCAGUUGAAGAACCAGCGGAAAACGAGCCCGAGUCAGAGUCAUCGAGUGCUUCCAGCGAGCACCACGAGACAGUUGAGUCUGAAAAACCGAAGAAGAGAAAGAUUAUGAAGUCUCUGUUGAAGCCAUUCAAGAAAAUAGGGCGGGGUAAACGAAACAGCCGUCAUGAGGGCGACGACAAUGAAGAUAGGGAACCAGCCGAAGAUGAUGAGGUGGACGCACGGGAGACUGCCGAGGGUCGAAGAGGACUGUCACUCGCUUUGGUUGCUGACGAGUCAGAAGAAUCUGAAGAGGUCGAUGAAUCCGAAGAGUUUCAGUUUGCUGGUGUCGAUCCUUCCAAGCCGCUCGUUUUCCCAACGAUGUCCAAUGCAGUCGAUUUCAUGCCUCCUCCUGCAGUAGGCGCACGAAGUCCGGAAGACAACUCUGCACCCCAACUUGGCGAUCCCUGGCCGCGUGGCAUACCGGUACCAAUCAAUGAGCACGUUGGGCGAAUUGACAACAUGUUGAACGCACUCAGCAAUGUCUCCGAUGGUGAAGAUUCGAGAUCACAGCAAAGUGCUUCGAGUGCGAAUAAUGUGCCCGAAGAGCCCUGGCAGUCAAGAGAAAACGAAUUGGAAUCGGACGGAUCUGAAACUCUAGAAGAAAACAGCCGACAGAUUUUCGAAAAAUUUGCGUCAUUGAAAUCUGUCUUUGCAAGGUGGCAUGCUGACGACUCUGCGGAAGAACCCAAAGGCAAUACUGAUGACUUGGCUUCACCACCUAGUCCUCAGGAUGCUUCCGUGCCAGUGUCCAAUGCUGAGGCGGGGGAGAGCCCCGAGGAAAGUUCUGAAACCGAAUCAUCUACUGCAGGUUCCACCAAGGAUGAACGAAGAACUGCUGGGAAUGAAGUGAAGCCUGCUGAGAAUGAUCUGACGCCUGACACCGGGAAUGACCCGAAACAUACAGACAAUCUCGCAGCUGAAACACAACGUCCUAAGGCCAACCACGAAGGCCAUCAGGGUCACGAAGAAGGAAGUUUAAUGUAUGGCUUUGCCGAGAUUUCGAAGAUGCAAUCCAAGAUAAAUACCGAGCGAGAAGCCAAACUAGUGGGUGACUUUAUGGCGAUCACGAAGAAGCAAUCAAAGAUCAUUGAUGUCAGGCAAAGGUUGGUGGGCACCGAGAAGACCGCCAAACCUUCAGCUUCAAGCCCUGGCACGAGUCCUCGUGCAAGUCCAUCUCGACGUCGACCGGAGAAGGGUACCAAGAAUGAAGGAAAGCACGUAGCCGCAGAAUCGCGUGAUGUCGAGGUGCCAACCGUUCAAAAGUCCAAGAAGGAGACGAAGGAACAGAAGAAAGAGCGAAAAAAGCGCAAGAAAGAAAAGAAGCGAGGGAAGAAACAUGGAAAGAAGCGAGAGAAGAUAGAAAUGAAGCAAAGACUUCAGGAACUCACCAUCCCAGAAGACAACGUUCUGGAUCAUCUCGAGGACAAUGAGAUCAUGCGAUCAGAUCGAGAUCAAAGCACCAGCGACCAGCCAGAAGAAGAUGAGAGUCGCCGUUCGAUGACCUCCAGCAGGAGCCGCUCAGAGGUUUCCGACAGCAAGAGCCGCCGUUCGGAAGGUUCCGACAGCAAGAGCCGCCGUUCGGAGGCUUCAUCAUCAACCACGGCUAGUGCUCAAACAAAGAAAGCGGGAACUGUACCGGACCAGAUGCCCGAAAAAGCGUUGCCGUGGUCUGGAUCGCUUCAAGACAAGCCGCCAGCUCCCAAACCAGAUGAUGUUCAAGCAGUGAUCUGGUGGUCAACGUCCAAGGAUGCUGUUGAGGUCCUAAUUGAAGACGAGGAAGAGGACAAGUCCCGUGCCUCAGACAAUUCGGAUGGCUCUACGCAAGUGUCGUACGUGACUUCUGGGACGGACGAUCAAACAUUUGCUUCCGAGCUUCAGAUUGAUUUUUCUUUUUCGACGCUCGGAGAGGUUGCAGAAGUGUUGGUGGAAGAGGCAACUAUCAUGAAAGAAGAAAUUAGCAGGGAUAUUUUGAAGACGCCAAAACAGUUCUUUGCAACGGCGGCCAAAGAGGUAAGCGAGGCGAUGGUAGAAGGCAACGGGGCUUUUCGCAACUGGUUGAGUCUAGGUUCCUCGCCAUCACCAACGGAAUCAAAGAAGAAGAAGAAGAGCAAGGCCAAGGGGAAAAAGAGCAAACGAAGCCGGAGCAGAUGAGGGCCGUGCGCAUUCUUUUGUGUCAUUGUAUGGCCCGUAAGAUGAAUGCAUUCCAUAAAGCUUUAAAAAAAGAUGUUUGUCCUCUU